GGUUUGUCCCAGCGGGCGCUCCGUCCUCAUUAGCGGAGCGGCUAAGCUAACGGUCUCGGCUGUGUUGUGGUGGUCUCAGCUGUGUUGUGGUGGUCUCGGCUGACGCAGGGCGAUCCGGAUCUCCGCUAAACCCAGUGAAGGACGCCGCUCGUGGAGAUGUCAGACUCUGCAGAGCGACCGGUGGAGGCGGAGCCUCUGAAAGGUGAUCAGGUGGACGGAGUCAGUAAGGACCGCGGUGCGGGCUGCGGAAAGCUGGGCAUGAAUAAACUCACCGGCUGGCGCACCGCCGCCUUCCUCCUGUCUCUCUUCCUCUGCCUCAUCGUCGUCUUUGCCUUCUCCUUCAUCCUGCCCUGCCCCCUCCGCCCGCAGUACCUGCGCGCCUGGAACCGCACCCUGCCUAACGCAGCUACGUAUGAUUUCCUGGCCAUGGGAGAUGCCAACAAAGACAAAGUGCAGGACGUGUUCUUCAUCUAUAAGAGCUCAGAGGGCAGCAUGAACCACAGCUGCUCUGGAGAAGGUCUGCCCUCCCCGUGCCUGUUCCUGCUGGCGGUCGAUGGCACUAAUGGUGAGACGCUGUGGGAGCGGCCUUUGGCUGCUGAACUGAGAUGGGUGGAGUGCGGAGUUGGAGGAAUGAAAGGAAAAACUUGUCUGGUGGCUCACGCUAAGAAUUUCACAGCCCUCGACAUGCACACAGGUGUCGCUGUGUGGCAGCGUCUGACUCCGGUUAAUAGCGGAAAACUCCCAGUGAUCAUCAUGCCUGAUCUGGACAAAGACGGAAUCGACGACAUCGCUGUGUUGUCAUAUAACUGUACCAUCAAUAACAACACAUGCAGCAAUGCCAUGACUGAGAUGGUGAUUUUCUCGGGUAAAUCGGGUGACAUGGUUGGAUCGAAGGUGGAUGUAGAGUCAGUACUACACGGGACACGGGCACACUUGCAGUUAACCACGGCCAGCGGCGCUCAGUACAUACUGUUACACACAGGCACAGGCCUGUAUGCAGUGGGUUUGUGGCGUUUAGCUAAAAUGGCUGGGGCUGGUCUGGAGUCUUAUCUGAAGAAAGAAAAAAGCUGGGAGGAAAAAGCCGCUGAGACAGGACUGAUCCCACUGCAUGAGUCGAAGUCUUUGCUGAAGGUGUUAUUGGUUAAAGGUUCAGGAGACCCCUCCCCUUCACUGCUGCUCCUCACACCGUCCACUGUGACCCUGUUCAACACACGAACUCGCAGCAUCAGCUGGACAGCGAACACCAGCACGCUGCUCAGUACUCCAUCAUUUGGUCGCUACAAUGAAGAUGAUGUUCCUGAUGUGGUGCUUGAGGAGGACCAGGGAAAUAGAACCAAGAGAGUGCUGAUUCUGGACGGUAAGACGGGCCGUGAGCUGUGGAGGGCGAGUUUACUGUCUUGGUCUCAGAGCCCCAGACCUGCUUCUGUCCUCACACUCAACUCCUACUCUGUGUUCAUGCUGUGGGGAGAGAGUCUCACGCACAGCGAGACGAGCCCUGCUGAUGAGGAACGUUCCUCAUACCUGCUGCACCCUCGUCACCCUCAGGUUCUGCUGGAGAGAAGCAAUCCCACUCAGCACAUAAGGUCGUUUAAAGUGGUUCUGUUGGAGCGCGGUCGUCAUGCCUGCUACCUCGUCCUGAGCGGCGCUGACGGUGAACAGAUGGAAGAGGCGGGGCUUGCUGGGGCGGGGGCUGUGGUGCUGACGAAGAGGAAGAUAAAGGACGACGUGGGGGAGAGCAGCGUGCUGGGAGUGGGCAAGGCGGAGGGCGAGCCCGUCCCCAGAGACGAGGAGGAGCUGGUGAAGGAGGCGUUUCACAGGCUCAGAUUCAGUGAUGAGGUCAAGUAACUCCUGAGCCCAACAAAGCCCCCCCAUCGGUUUCGUAUUGGCACAUUAAAGCGAUAGUUUGGCUUAAAAACCAA